CCACGAAUCGCUGCACAGGCCAUAGUUCGUCUUAUAAAUAGCACAAAAUCGAAUCAAGCCAUGUUGGCACUCACUCUUCUGGAUAACUGUGUUAAGAAUUGCGGAUAUCCUUUUCACCUUCAAAUUGCAAGCAAGGAAUUUUUAAAUGCCCUUGUUCGCAGAUUUCCUGAACGUCCUCCUGCCCGAUAUGCCCCCAACCCUCAAUUCCUUUCGAAUCCCGUCAUGGAUCGUAUUUUAUAUUUAAUUAAGGAAUGGAAGGUUGCCUUGUCUGAAUUAUCCCGUUAUAAAGACGACAUGCAACAUAUCAAAGACAUGUAUAGGUUAUUGAAAUUUAAAGGUUACCAGUUUCCUGAACUUCGUGAUUCUUCAGUCGCCGCUUUGGCCCCAACUGAGACCCUAAAAUCUGCACUAGAGUUGGAAGAAGAGGAUAGAAUCGCAAAAGCUGCUAAAUUGCAAGAGUUAAUUAGAAGAGGAAGACCACAAGAUUUAGUUGAAGCGAAUAAAUUGAUGAAAAUUAUGACUGGCUAUGACCAAAAACAUCAGACCAAUUUUAAGGAGAAAUUCGUGGAAGAGUUACACAAAAUUCAAAACAAGGCACGCCUAUUGUACGAAAUGCUGGAUAAUAUGAAGGCCGGAGACCGAAUUGACGAAGAAGGAAGCAUGGAAGAACUGAAAAAUGCUUGUGAAAGCGCCUUGCCAAAGAUCAGAACAAUGUUAAAGGAAGAAGAGGAUGAUGAAAAGAGUGUCACAUUGAAAUAUCAAGAUAUUAAGAAUGGUCACUAUGAUACGGUAUAUGAUAUUAGCGGUAAAUUUAAAAGUGAAUCAAACAGUUUCUCGGAUCUGCCUCCUCAGCCUAUUAGUUUAAUUGAUUUGGAUGACGAUGAGUUAACCCCUUCACCCAAUAAAAAUCCCCUGGACGAACUGAGUGACAUUUUCGGUACAGAUGCAUCUAUUUCUAAUGCAUCCACUCCCAAUGCGUCCAACAUAUCCACCCCCAAUACAUCCUCAGGCAUUGAUCCAUUUGAUCUUUUAUCCCAAUCCAUUAGCAACAAUACACUCAAGUCCAGUCCUCCGUACAAAUUUAAUACCUCCACAUCUCCUAUUAUGAUAUCAUCCCCUAAUCAGAACGGCGAUAUCGAUUUGGUAAACAAAAACGGGCUUGUCAUUCGAAUGGAUGUAUAUACCGUGACUCCUAUUUACAAAGUCAAGGCUUACUAUUCCAACAAAUCUACAGCUCCUAUGGAUAAAAUGACGCUAUUACUAGCAGCACCAAAAGGUAUGAACUUAAAGAUGAGUCCUAUUUCUUCAGACACCGUGCCUCCCAAGUCCGAGAAUACUAUUACACAGACCAUAGUAAUUAAUAACUCUAACAAGGACCUUUUACGUCUUCGUUAUAAAGUAACAUACGAACAAUUUGGUGUGGAUAUGGAACAGACUGGAGAUUAUCACGAUAUGUAAAAUGAUACAAACAUUCCCCACAUUAUAUUUCUAUUGUAUUUAAAAAAGAAGAAAAAAAAUUAGACAUAAACUUAAAAGUAAAUAAUACCUUUCCAUAAAUGUAGCAGCCGUUAUGCGGAUAAAAGUAAUACGUACAAAUAGACACUUCUCACGGUUGUUAAAGAUUAUCUAUAUACGGGUUACCUUGCUUUGUCAUCUGUAACAUUUUUUAUCUUUUAUCGCAAUCUUUCCUUCAAAGAAAAAACUAUCAAAAUGAUUGACAGUCUUACAUAGUACCAUUAUCUUGAAGACACAACCACAGAUAAUGGCGGUGAAGAUAAUCCUUUUUUUACAAGUCUGGAAGCCAAUCCGCAAUUGAGCAAGUCACAGUUGUGCAAAACCUUAUACUUCAUGCAUUUUUUUCGCACGGUAUUUUGCUUUUAAAAUAAAAACGGGACAAGAACCCCUUUUUUUUUUCUUUUUCUUUUUCCUUCCCGAAAAAAAUGCUUUCA